GUAUAGGCAGGUACCAGUUAAUCAUUCAAGAUGGCAGCUUCCUUGCUUGCAAGAUUUGUGCACAGAAAAUGAGGAAUUUCCCUGGACUUUUCGUGCUUUCAUAGCAAUAGCUUCAGCCAUGCUUGCUCCGAGAGGCAGGCUUAUAAUCCCGGAAAAGUACCUGCCUUUUUUGGGAGUAGGGGCGGCAGUGGCAGUCACCCUCACCUACAUUUUCUGGGGGCCGGACGGCGAAGGCCGCAGUCACAAAGCUGGAACAUCAAAACGAAGGAAAGUUGCUGGCCUUGAGAAUCUUGGCAACACCUGUUACCUGAACACAAUCCUGCAGAGUCUGGCGUCUUGCCCGGCAUUCGUCAAGUGGCUGAGCAGGGCUCUCAGACAAGGGUUCUUCAAGGGGAAACAUAACGAGCUGGCUUACAAACUCUCCAAAACUCUAGAAGUUGUGAAUGACCACUCUGCCAACCAUAGCGGUUCCCAGGUUUAUUCCCCACAUGAAGUGCUGCACGCUCUGUAUGGAUGCAGCUGGAGAGCAGACAGAGACCAACAGGAUGCUCAUGAAUUGUUCCAGUUUCUUCUGUCUGUCUUGGGCGAGGAGAGAGAACCCAUCUCAUCUCCUGUGCCUCUGUGUGACGCCUCUAGAUUGAUUGAACCUGGAAGGAACGGCUUGACUGCACUUCACUCAGAUCUUCAUUCCAACAUCGAGGCCAAUCUACCCAAAGUGGCCUGCCGAGAUGGCGAGUCCCCAUUUAGGGGCUUGUUGGCUAAUCACCUGUUAUGCACAGUCUGUGGGCACAGGAAUCCAGUCACCUACAGCAGCUUUGAUUGCUUGACCCUCCCCCUCCCGACAACGGUCUUUGAAACUUUAUCUCUAGAAUGCAUCCUGGCCAAGUUCACCCAGCGUGAGUUGGUCCAAGACGUCGAAUGCACAGAGUGCUCAAAGAAACUGGCAGUCAAGACUGCUCCUCCUCCUCCAAUCAAUACUGCCCACAAAGUGGCUCCACCCUCAUCAAGAAGAAUAACCCCGCCCACACCAAAGAAAGUCCGAACUGCCCAGUCAGUUUCUGCUGUAGCUCCGCCUACUUUCCCAGUAGCCCCGCCUUGCUCAGCUAAUGCUCUACCCAGAUCACGAUUGGCUCCGCCUUAUUCAACAACCAUUCUGCCUCCACCAAUUGAGAGUACAGACAAUAACUUAACACCAGCAGAAGCUCCGCCCGCUUUUGGACAGGCUCCUCCCACCAGUUAUCAGAUGCACAGUGAUUUGCAUGUGAGAACUCCGCCCUCGGAGGAGUUGCCUAGCAACGUCUCAGACAGUUCAGAUCAGGAGAUAAAUGGUAGAAAUUAUGAAAGUGUGGGAGUGUCUUCAGAGACAGCAGUAGACAACAGAAGUGAUGCAGUCCUGUGUUACCAUGGCAAUGGUAACUUGGCAACAGAUGCAUCCUCUGUGGAGAAACUUCAAGAGCAUCACAGGGUUAUGGAGAAUAGCGCAGCGGUUUGCAAUGGUUCGUUGAAACUUGAUGAUUCGGAGGAAACACAUUCUAGCGAAUUGAAACAAAAUGGUAUUGUGACGCAAAAUUUGCACAAGGCAACGCAACAAAUGAAUGGAACAAGCUUUCAAAGAAGUGGAGAGCAAACGAUGCAAGAAACAGAACAGACUUCUACUGUCAAUGGUAGCAACAGUGAUUUGGAAAUAGAUUCAUCAAAGAGUGAUCGCUCACUAAACAACAGACAAGCAGAAAAUCCAAGUGAAAAAAUAAAAGAAAGUGUCCAUCAUAAAAGCAAUUUCCAGCAAGAACAAUUUACUGAGCUUGAAACUAUUUCAGAACGACAGGACAGUUCUUAUAAGCUAACCCCUCCCAAAUGCCAGUCAACUCCAAAACCACGCCUACAACCUCUCAUCAGAGAAACAACUUCAUCAUCAGCCAAUCAGAGUAGCAGGCCAAAGGACACGCCCACUUCUUCCAUAUUUGGUAGGAUACCUGGAACCAGUAACAUAAGUCCAUCUGAACUGGUCAUUCAGCCCAGCGAUGGUGAAGAAAGCGCGGAAUCAUCGCCAAAAUGUCGAAGGAGGUUUCACAAACAGCUGACUCUUGGAAAGCUUCCGCAGUGUCUGUGCGUUCAUCUCCAGCGAGUGACCUGGCUGGCCAAUGGUCUCCCGUCGCGCCGUGAGGAACACGUCAUGUUCCCUGAGUAUCUAGACAUGAGCCCUUACAAGCAGACAUCGGCUGUGGCUAACGGUACACAAGGCGGAGCCAAGCUGAUGAGGUUGUCCUCGGAUUUGUCGGAGGAUGGAGCCACGCCCAUGACCACACCCAUGACCACGCCCCAAAGCAGAAGGAGCAGUCAGAGUUUCAUAGGAGGGAGCUUUCUAACGGACCCCACUGGCAGAUGGUUAGUUGGCGGUUGCCUCGGCCAGAUGUCCCCCAGACUGACCCAUAAUGCAUCGGCAACGUCCGAGGACAGUAGCAGUAGGGGAAGGAGUCACAGUGGGGAAGUCAAUGGAAUUCCAGAUGUUUGCUCCAGACCACCAGAGGCCAGGUACCGACUGGCCUCGGCCGUGGUUCAUGUUGGCGAUGCGUUCACUGGACACUUCCUGACCUUCCGAAGGGCGCCCUCUAUUGCCAGUGAACCCCUUAGUGAAAACUGGCUCUGCAUCUCUGACGAGAGCGUGUACGCGUCGACAGCAAAAGAGGUUUUCUCUCAAAAGGCUUACAUGCUGUACUACCAGAGGACGUAGCCCAAUAGGCCUUUUUUUAUAGCGAAUGACGCUGCUGGAAAGAUGGCAUUUUUCUCUGUUCCAACGCUAGAAAAAAAUUUGAGGUGUUUUGGCAAAAUGAGACAGAAUUGGGCAGAGGAUGAAAUGAGUAAAUUUUGGUAUUAGGAAAAAGAAUAAAAUUUUC